AUGGUGCACCUUUCUGUCAAACCGGAAUACCUUCUGCCCUGGGGUUGUGAGAAGCUAAGCGAUGAUGAACUCUGGGAAUGCUAUCUGGGCAGCCUCCUCGACUGUGCAGAUAGCCCGUACAUCGUUAACCUUCGCGUUAACGUCUCUUCUGGCGAUUUAGUAUUUGCCGAAUAUCAGUCCCUGGAUGACUUGCUGCAAGUCUAUUCCAGCUUUAGGUGA